AUGUCCCGCGCCCCCUGCAGCGUCGACGCCCGGCCUACGCCUCAGCCUGAGGGCGUCGAGAUCAUUGCGAGCGACGCCGUCCACGUUAUGCGUGUCGCAUGGAAAAAUUGGCGUGCGCCAUGUGUGCCGGACGACGGCGCCAAACGCUGCUCGGGCUGCCGCGACGUCCGGUACUGCAACCAAGAUUGCCAACGCCAACACUGGCCCAUCCAUAUCUUCGACUGCGAUGUCGACCAGCCCAUCAGCACCGUCUACCACCUCUCGCGCGCAUGCCACACCGGGAUCGUCCCUGCCGAGUAUCAAACCCGACGCGACUACGGUUUCACCAACGCGAGUCGAUCCUUCGGUCGCGCCUCUGAAGAAGCCCUCCUCAAGUUUUAUCGAGCCGUCCUCGACAUCGUUUCGCUCCAACAACUGCGCCGCUGGCAGAGCAAGGGCCACCUCCUCCAAGGCAUCAAGGCCGUCCUCGAGCACCUGCCCCCGGCCUCCCGCGGUUCGCACUACCACUGGUUCCUCGAGCACCAGAUCGUAUUCCAAGACCCAGCCUCUGUCGCUCCGGCUGCUGCUCGUUUCAACCCCGCCGACCGCUUCAACGACGUCCUGCGCAAGGGCUGGAUACACAUGGGAGGCUCUCCGGACACCCCCCAAGAAGCGAUCGAGGAGCACAGGCGCGGUAUGCUCCCACCCACUCUAUCCGCCCACUUCGUCUACGUCCACUCCGUCGCGCGCGAAAUCCCCCUCCCCGAGAUGGAAGAGUGGGUCAGCUUCGGCUUCGUCACCGCCUCGUCUCCGGCGGCGCUCGGGGCGCUCGGGGUCGCGUACCACAACCUCGCGCACGCGAGCACCUUCGACGAGUUCGCGUUCGCCCACAAGUGGCAGCGCCUCCCCGCCCUCUUCCGCCGCUUCGACAUCUCCGUCCCAGAUCCGCGCUUCCUCGACGACGUCCUGUCCGGCAAGCGGGAGGAGAUCAAGACCGUCUGGCACCUCAAGGCUCUCGUCGACACGCUGGCGAUUCCUCACGAUUCCGGUAGCCCGCCCCGGGACGAGCUGCUCGCGGGGACGACCGCGGCCGACUACGGCUAUGCACGCUGUCGCGACGACGCCGAGAUCGGCCUGCUGGACAAGCUGUACCUCCGCCUGUUCGUGAAGAUGGGCAAGGGUAUGGACCCGCUGGAGCUGCACGAGGCGCGCGAGCGAGGGAGGCUGGUCGAGUACGUGGGCAGGUUCGUCGAGCUGGAGCCGCAUGGCGCGACGUACGCGCAGUUGCUGCAGGAUGCGACGCAUGUCGUGUACGACUGA